AUGCCUCCAGGCAGCGGUAGCGCACUCAGCGCGGGAGCUUGGCCCGGCAUCACGGUUUCCGCACCCAUCCCAACCGCAUCCGAACCAACACAUGUACCUGCCUCUAGCGAAUCCUCCGCCUCUACCACUCCCCCACCUCUCACCCACGAGCCGUGUCCGCCCAUCGCCCCCAGUUCACCUUCCUCCCCCACCUACUCCUUCCGCGUGUUCCCAGCGUCGACGGCGCCCCCUGACCGCCACGUCAGCGCUGCGUACGAAUUUGUGUCGCAGAUCGGCGAGGGACGACACGGCACCGUCUGGCUGGUGGAGGACCGCGCAUCGGGAGCGACAUACGCAUGCAAGAAAAUCAGCAAGCGCGGGCUCGAGUCCGCAUGGGAACGCGACGAGGUAAGGCGCGAGGUGGCGGUGAUGCGCGUGCUGGCGGGGCGGCACGGCGGCGUGGUGCGGCUCCAGGAGGUAUUGGAGGAUAACGAGGCGGUGUACUUAAUUAUGGAGCACUGCGAGGGCGGCGAGCUGUUCGAUAAGAUCGUGGGCGAUGGGCGGCUGCAUCCGCUGGAGGCGGCGCACCUGUUCCGCCAGCUGGUUUCCGCCGUGCAGUUCUGCCACGCGCAAGGCGUUCUGCACCGCGACCUCAAACCCGAGAACAUCCUGCUCACGCGAUCCGCGGGAAUCGACGGGAGGACUACGCGGGGACUGCAGCAGCAGCAGCAGCAGCAGCAGCAGCAGCAGCAGCAGCAGCAGGAGACAAGCCCGAGCGUGAAGGAUCAGGCGCAACGGACACUGCGGUGGCAGCAGGUGAAACAGCAGGAGCAGCAGGAGGAGCAGCAGGGGAAGGAGGAGGACUGGGAGGAAGAGCGGCGGAAGGAUGGCAAAUCCAACAAUCAGGGAGGCGAAGAUACGAUGCCACUGACGGCACAGCAAUUCAACAUCGAACGGCCCACAGAGCCCGCUAAUACCGUGAAUUCCGUAAAGAAGGUGCCCGUGUCAGCUGUCCCUGCUGCUGGCAGUCAGAAUAAAGCCAGCGACUCGCAGAACAUCCGCUGGCCGGUGCAGCAAGGCGGCGCCGCUGCUGGCGGAGUGACUGCAGCCGCCAAAACCGCCGCAAGAUCCGCCGCAGCCGUCGGAGGGGCCACCACCCGCGCGGUGGGGAAGGCGCUCACGGGGCUGGGCGCACGAAGCGCGAGUCAACGCUCCCUGCUGCAGUGGCACGUGCGGCUCGCGGACUUUGGAUUCGCCGUGUUUCUCGCUCCCGGAGAAAAGACGUCCGACGUGGCAGGCAGCCGGCUGUACGAGGCGCCUGAGCUGAUCCGAUUUGAGCCGUUCGACUUUAAAGCCGACAUCUGGUCGCUGGGAGUGGUGCUGUACGCCAUGCUCUCGGGCUGCCUGCCGUUCCGAGGGCGCGACGACGACGAGCUGGGCCGUCGGAUCAUGGAGGGGCGGCUCAAUCUGACGUCCAAGCCGUGGCCGUCUGUGCCGGGCGACGCGAAGCGACUGGUCGCGCGAAUGCUUCAGGUGGAGGCGGGGCGGCGGCCGUCAGCGGAGGAGGUGCUGAACGACGCGUGGGUGGUGCGGCACUUCGGCGUGGCGGCGCCCGCCAGGCGACUUGGCCCCAUCCCGCCGCCCUCCCUGUUGCAGGAACUCGAGGAGCAACCGCCAACACCGGCACGCACGGUUCUUGCGAGUGAAACGAUGUCGACCGCAGCGGCAGGUGAUGCUGACGCGGACCAGUCCCCGCUCACUAGCACCCCUCGUGCUACAUCCCUGGAAACGCCACCUCACGUCCCUGCUCACCACUCUUCCGCCACUCCCCCUGCCGCCACGCCCCCUGCCGCCGCUGCUCCUUCCGCCCUGUCCUGCUCCGCGCCAGGUGAGCGCAGCAGUGGCUGCGCGGAUGGGGGGGGAUGCGGUGGUGGAGACAAGGAGGCGUGUGGAGCGGGAGGGGGCAGGAUUGGCGUGGUGGCAGACGGCACGACAGGAACAGCUGUGUUCGUGGGACUGGCAGGUGCUGUGGAGAGUGCAGCGGAGAGGAGACGGAGCGACGAGGAGGAGGAGGAGGAGGAGGAGGCGGAGGAGGCAGAGGGAGCGCCGCAAGCAGCAGCGGCAGCGGCAUCAGCGGAAGUAUCAGCAGCAGUGGUUACGGAAGGGGAGGGCGGUGACAGCGAAGGGAGGAGGAGCGCGGAAGCAGCGCCACCCAGUCGCAUACCGCGAGCUUCAGGCCUGCCCUGGGCCAUCCCAUCGCCGCACCACCGCGGCGAGCGCGAGAGCAGCAGCGGGUGCAGCAACGCGUGCGCGCAGGAGAGCGGUGGUGGUGCGCGCACAGGGUCCGCGCAUGGAGGGGAUCCCCUGGUGCAUGGGGCUGGCAGCACGGAGAGCCAGGCAUCAGUGGCCACACCGGCCAAGCGACAACGGAUGCUGGCUCAACGUGUCUCACCCACGCCGGCAGCAGGAGCAUCAGGUGCAGCAGCAGGAGGAGCUGCGGGUGCGGGAGCAGGGAGCAAGGUUGGGGCGCAAGCGAAGGAAGCAGGUGGUACGGCUGUCGGGACGGUGAAGGGGAAGCGACGCGCGGCUGCUGCUGCUGCUGCGGCGCCUGAUGCGGCCGUUGCUGCCGCCGUCGCCCGAGCCAAGCGACGCGCCGAGGCGGCGAUUGCGGCUCGCGAGAAAAGCGCGAGUGAGGCAGCCAAGGGCGGCAGCAGGGGCCGCGGCAGAGGCGGCAGCGCACACAGCCACGCAGAGAGGCCGAGAGAGAGCAGCGCGUGGGGGAGAAGACGAGGGGAGAAGGCGCCGAUAUCAGCGUGGGUGGCGGAGAAGAGAGGGAGCGCGCGCACGGACAAGGGGUCGCCGUGCCUCUCCAGUGCAGCUUCCAGCACCAGCACCGCUACAACCGCUACAACCGCCACCACCGCCACCACCGCUACAACGGCUACUUCGGCUACAACGGCAAUCACGGGGCGGGCAAGGACCAUCUCAUCUGCUACCACCUCUGCGUGCUCCUCUUCUUCCUGGUACUCGUCCUCCCCUUCCUCCUCGCCCACUUGCUCGCCCUCCCUCGCCCACCCGCCUCUCCCAGCAGCAGCUGUGCCUGCGCUCUGGCCGUCCCUUCCUCCCCCGUCCGCAGGGACGGCGAGAGCCGCGGGUACAGCAGCAGGACGAGGAAGAACAGGAGGGAAAGCAGGAGGGGGAGCAGGAGGGGUGGGAGGGGCGGGGUGGAAGGCAAGCAAUGGGAGGGCGGGUGGUGGUGCGGGGAUGGGGGCUGGGGGCUUGCCUCCGCUGCCGGGCUCGCCUGCCCCCUCCUCCACGUCCUCGGGCAGUGUGCCUAGCACGAGCAGGUGGGGUAGGGGCACGGGUGGUGCUGCUGCUGCGGGUGCAAGGGAGAGUGAAGGAGCAGGGGUGGGAUGUGCGCGCGUGGGAGGAGGUUUCAGGAUGGCUGGUGUGGGAGCCGGGAAAGGGCAAGCCAGAGGGGCUGCUGCUAUGCGUGAGAAGACGGUUGGGCUGGAGGAGAAGGAGAAGGUACGGGAAAACGAGAAUGUGCAAACAGGCAGGGCGGGAGCAGGCACCUCUGGGAGGAAACGGUGGGACUUGAGUAAUUGUGGUGGUGCUACUGCUGGAGCUGCUGCAAGAUUGGCGGCGGUGGGUGGUCGGAGUGGCGAGAGUCGCAGCGGCAUGAGUGCGAGCAGCAGCGGGAAGAGCAGCAGGGGCAGUGGCAGCAGUCAGGGCGUGCGGGCGCCUUUGAGUGUUCAGAAGGCCGUUUCGAGGUCUAUGGUGCAAACCGAGGAGGAUGGGGUGCAGGAGAGUGGGGAGGAGGCAGAGGAAGGAGAGGAGGAGGUGGGUGAGGGUGAUGAUGAGUCGAGCGAUGGGGAGUAUGUGAGUUAUGGGGAAGAGGAGGAGGAUGAGGAUGAGGAUGACGAGGAAGAGGAGGAAGACGAGGAGAAAGAGGAAGAGGAGGAGAGUGAGGAGUCAGGAUUAGUCGAGGAGGAAAUAUUUGAAGAUUCUGCGGAAUCAAGCGUAGACGGUGGCAAGCAGAGGGGAGGGGAGAGUGAAGAAGUGAGUGAGGAGGGAGAGGAGGAGAGUGAGGAGGAAGAAAGUGAGGAAGAGAGCAGGUUGGCAGCAGAAAGCUGUGAAACAGAGCAGGAGACAGAGGAGGAGAAAGAGUUGAGCGAAAGCUGUGGAGUGGAAGAGGAGGGGUGUGAAUCGAGCGGGAGUGAGGAGGAGGUAGCAACAGUGGAUGCGACAAUAGGAGACUCAACACAUAUUCCCGCAGAGCUGGACGAAUUAGUUGUGGGAAGAGGAGGAGCAGCAAGUGAGGCGUGCAGAGCGGAGCAGGAGGAGCGGGUGGGGGAGGAGCAGGCGAUUCUGGAUGAGAAGAGGCGGAGUGAGAAGCGGCGCAGCAGGCGGCAUAAGUCAGUGGCACGGUCACUGUGGAAGCAUGAUAUGAUGGAGCUGUGGCGCACGGAGCGAGUGGCAGAGGAUGAUGAUGAUGUUUGUCCGGCGUCCAAGCACCACGAGUACACGGCGCUGGCCGACGUGGCGCGCGCCGCGGGGAGGACGGUGAACGUGGUGGGGGUGGUCGUGCUCCCUGAUUGCGUGCGGAGCUUUCAAGACACACGUGUGUGCUGCACGCUACUACUAGCGGACGCCACGUGUCAGAGCCCCGGGUACCAAGUCACGGCCAUAGCGGGGAGCGUGGGCGAUCUGCCGUGCGUAGCGGGCGUGGGGGAUGUCAUCACCUUCCACCACCUGCUCGUUUGCCCUCCUCCUCCUUCCCAUAGCUCAUUGCCUCACAUUUUACCGGUUGGCUGGAUCGACAAGUCUCUUCCUGCGUUUGUCCCCUGUGUUUCUCUCCUGCACUCAUCGCGUCUCCCAUGCUCUCUCUGCCCCUCCCCUUGCCCCUCCGCGCCCCUCCCUCCCCAUCUCCUGCGGCCAUCAGAGCACAGUGGAUCAGAUGAUGCUGAGGAGAGUGGUGCUGGGGGGAGCGAUGGCACGCUGGAGAUCACUGGUCGCCCGCUCCGUUACGAGGAGGUUCGCGCCACUCAGGAGAACGGCGACGAGGAGAUCGCUGCAGCGGAGGCUGACGCUGCGGGGAACGUCCGGCUGGCCAGCGAGGCGGUUUGA